GGCUUAUGAACCACUGCUGCGACGGGCGCUAGACGACCCACUAGCACUAGUGCCUCAGCUACCCGCACUCUUCCCUCCCGCUGACCCCCUCAACAUCCAAGCCAUUCCCCUUCCCUCAUACUAAAUGUCUCCCUUCUUCUCUUACACCACCCUUCCCUACCAACUCACAGAGAGUCCCUACCCCAUGUGCAACUUCUCAGAGUAUCUGGUGGAGCUGGUUGACGUAGAGCCCUUGCCGUUUGCCGACGAAGACGUAUGGGAGCUACAUCAGGCGUUGUAUCGAUCGGUGGUGCUGGGCAUGUUCCGGUUCUAUGUGGAACACGACGACCACAACAUCGGCGAGCACUUGCUCGCAUACUACGUAAUUUCGAGACCCAAGCAGGAGCAUAAGGAGGGGAUGGUGGCACUAAAUCCGUUCGGGAAGAUCGGAAGAAACAGGCCGGGAUUGUUGGAGCUCAUCCACAUUGAGCUACUGUCCAUCGCACAAGUGAUUGCCAGCGAAGAAGGAGAUCUCCAACCCCGGUUGAGGACAGCAUCAACUCUGCGGAGGACGUACCACGAGGUGGUCAUAGCAGACUACCUUGCGCGGACGGGAGAAAAGGUGGUGGACUUCAGUGACGGGAAACCGCUGCGGCCUCCCUCGUCCUAUCGAAGACCGGCAGCCCCGAAGACCCCUAGGAAGGCUCUCAAGAAGAGACGCCGCCAGCCAUCGCCGGAAGCACAAGGGAGCCGAGGAGGACCUGGGGAAGAAGAAAUCCCCGGCAGAGGUCCCGUCCCGGAGAGCAAAGCCACACCGAUCAAGGGACCUCUGCCAGGGGAAGAAGCCAGAACUAGCGGAUCGCAAGUACGUAGGAGACACCCAAAGCAGAUAUCGCCCUCGCCACUUCUUCCCGACCUCAAUCUCGAUGGAGCCGGCCCAUCCGCACCAGUAGGAGGAGGAGGAAUGGGAGGAGUACCAUACCUCACAUCUAGACCCCCCAUCCUCGCAGGACCUUUCUGUUUCCGCCAGCCACCCCGGGGUGCCCCGGUUAUUGACCUUAGCAGUUCCUCCGAGCUGGACAGUCCACCCGACAGACAUCGAGUUCAUGGUGGAGCCUGCAACAAUCAAGCUCAAGGCGAUCGAGGGGGCCACAUGUCCUGAUCCCGCAUGGGAGCCGUUUCUACAACUA